AUGGGAAUUCUCCAAACCCUGCCAGAUCAGAUUAUCGUACUUGUUGGAAUUCAGUUAAACUGCCAUUGCCUGAGCUCGUUGAGUAUAUCAGGCCGAGAUCUUUACUGCAGACUGCAGGCCUACUUCCUCAGCUACAACAUUCAGGGCCAGGACAGUUACCUCCUGCACCUGGCGGCCACAGACAACGACUAUGCUUAUGCUUAUCUGAAGCUUCUUCGUGGUGCCGAUGCCAACACAUUCUUGAGUUGGAAGACUCCUUUGAUGAAGGCUAUCCAAUACGGAUCGUUAGAUGUUCUUGAACUCCUGCCCAGUCAUCGGAACAUUGAUAUUCAGUGGAAACAGCUCCCUACUACUUCAGCAAGCCUCUCGACAGAAUUUGAAUAUAUUCUACGUCAUCACAUCUCCCUCGUGGCUCCCAUCGUCAGCCUCCUCGACUGGUACCUCCGCUUAUGGAACUGUUAUGUCGUCGAUUCUGCAUUGAAGAUACAGCUCGAAGAAGAGCAGGGUCAGCUUCAGCGGUCAAUUGUAUGGCUGACCGCGGAAUGCGAUGUAUUACUCCAGUGCUGCAAUGAUCAGGCUCUAGAUCUAUUCGGCAGCCGUCAAGCCGCGGCUGCCCUCAAAGAUGGGAUUGUCGAAGUUUUGAAGGCAAGCGAGAAACGCGCUUAUAAAAUGAUCGAGUUGAACUAG